UAAAGCAGAAAAAAAAAAUCUUUUACUCUUCGGCAUACAAAAAGAUUUUGAACAGAAGAGCAGUCUAACAAACUAAACCAGGGAACCUUAUCUAAACAAAGACUUAAGCCAACGGUAGCUCUGAAGAGGAUGCUGUUCCUUCUGUCUCUUGCGAUAUUGCUGCUUUCUUUCAGUUGUAAAGCAGAAGUAAAUAAGACCUACUCUACUGGUCUACAAGAUAAGACUAUUUUAACAGAUGUUAACCGCACAGCCAACAUUUUGGGCUUGAACUGGUCUGAUUUUACUAAUGUAACCUCAUCAUUUAACAUAGCAAGCCUAUCAGUAAACAAGGAUUUGUAUACACCAGGAUACCCAAGGAUGACAACUAUGCUAAAGAUGGCAGCUGAAUCUACAAAGAUGAAAACAACGAAGCAGAAAAAAGCAUCUGAAUCUGAAAAUAUAAAAAAUACCAUGCAAAAGGCAGCAUCCAAACCUACAAAGAUGACAAAAAUGGCACCAUACACCACAACAAAGAAACCAUUCUGGUUUACAAAGCGAUAUGCUGGCAACCAUUCCACAAACACACCAUGUGUCUGCAAAGACGAUAGAUAUAAAACAGGAAUAAUGAUUUGUGCCAUCAUAAUAGCUGUGUUAGUGCUGAUUUGUGCAGCACUGAUCAUAUGCUCUGUGGCCCUGGCAAAUAAAGUGUCCAGUCUUAAAACCAAGCUAACACAAUCAAAGCGACAGGCAAGAAGUAACGGGGACUUUUUAAGUGCAUCAAGCAUUUUGUGGCCUUCUGGAAUGGAGACAUGGCAAAAAAAAUCUCAAACAGCCAAUCAAACCAUUGAUGAAAUUUCUUUGGGUGAGACAAACAGUAAUGAUGAGAAGCACACGCUUAUGACAGUACAGACAAUAGAAAAAUCAAAAGAUCCCACGGAGGACAAAAAAACAAACUCAAAUGAUGAAAUAAUGACUAUUGUAUCUACAGUAGAGGUCUAAAGGAUACAAUAUUUAAUGUAUAACAUUUAUACUCAGACUGUAAAAUGAUGUUCAAUCUUUAAUUAAAAUUUUGUCUUGAA